AUGGCCAAUAUUUUUCAACGUCUGCGCAAGGGCAUCAAGUCCCGACGGUCAACCUCUAAGGACGAAUCCACCAAAAUUGCCGAGCUCGAACAAGAAUUGUCUCGAGCCCUCAAUGAAGUGCACGACCUUCAGGCGCGCCUCGCAGAGCACGAUUUUAUGCUCGCACACACCACCUCAAGUAACCCCACUCUGGCUAUUCCCCUUUUUCAAUCUCAUUCUCAAUCCCUUUCUGACAUUCCUAGAGCAGUUUCGCCAAUAGAUACAACGCCAACCUCUAUCGAUGAUAUCUGGAUCCCUUCAUGCAGUGGCUCAUUCCUAAUAGAUGCAGAACAGCGGUGGCAAGACGGUGACCCAGAGCUUGCAAUGGAGCUUGCCUCGGGGGUCAUUAGCCAGAACCCCUUUCUGUGCGAACUUGAUGAGGUGCGAUGUCAUCUAUUUAUCGCUGCUGUUCAACACUAUCUUUGCCAAUAUGAUGAGUCCAUGAUGAGCUUAGAGACGGUUAUGCAAAUUAACAACAGCGAUACCGUCUUGCAUAACCCAGAAUCUAGCAUUAUAGCCGGUAUUACUCAUUUUAUCAAAGGACUGAACCUCAUAAAACUUGAACGGUUCCCGCAGGCUUACUCGUCGUUUUCAGGAGCACUGGGAAUACCAGGCUAUGGCGAAAAGGCCCGUGAGUUCCAAAAGGAGGCUGUUAUUGGAUUUGCUCGCAUAGCGGCUACUGAGUCUGAUUGUUCGCCGGCAGCGUCGCCGACAGCGUCUACUCAUGCAUUAUUAGACUGGGAAGAUAAUGAAUCAUCUUGA